AUGCCACCAUCUACCAAACUCGGCCAAAUCGCCACCCUCCUCACUUCCCUACUCCAAGACUAUUUUCUCUCGAUGGGCCAAAAGUCGUCCUCCCAGCAGCCUUACCCCUCUGACCAAAGGCCGGAGCAGGGGUAUAAUCCCGCCACCGGUGCGCUUGACCGACCCGGAGUGCAUCAGGCGUCAACUGUUUUGAGGCCGCGAAGCCCCACUACUGUCGCCACUGACCAGUACCCUCCUCCUCCUCCUCCUGCUCCGGGCGCUGUUGGUGGAAAGGCUUCUACAGCGCAUAGCGGUAUUGUACCGUCUACGCAACAUGCCACCAACAACCCAAACACCUCCCCAACCCAAACCUUGGCCCCCACCCAAGCGACCCAACAACACCACCCCUUCGCCCCCUCCACAUUCGACAAAUCCCCUCUCCGCGACGCUAUCCGCACGAUCGACAGCCACCCCUCCCCGGAACCCAUCGCCCUCGAGUCCGUGCACCUCUUGGAAGAAGGUGUGGCGAUGGUACGAGAGGGCGAUCCUGGGUUUGUGUUUAUGGAUGAUGUGGUGGAUGUGAAGAGGGCGGUGGAUGGGAUGGUGGUGAAGGCUGGGACGUUGGGGGAGGGGGUGUCUAGGAGGGUUGCUUUUGCUUGGAUUGCGACGGUAUCAUUCGACACUGCGCACAUCCUCUGCCGCUGCUACAACCUCCAACACAACCCCAACCCGCAGUCCCCCGAAUUCGAAAACUUUGCGCCAAAAGGGAUUCCGAAACUCAAGCUUGGUCUUGCGACGUUUGCGAGGUCGGGUGUUUAUAUCGACGAACUUGUGCAAGCCGAAAGGUCUGGUGGAGGGAUGGGGGGGAUGGGGGGGAUGGGGAAGGGGCAGAGGACGAGGUGGGCUGUGGAGAGGAAGAUGAAGGCGGAUAAGAAGACUGUCCGGAAUGCUUUUAUGGGCUUUAUCGGAAGCAACAUGAAAGCCGCCGUCCUCGAAGCAUUCACCGACUACAGAGCGGAAUGGAAGGGCCGAAAACAGACGUUGCAGGGUAUGGCGCAGUCGAGCAACGUACAUGCUAGUCCGGGGGCUUAUGACCCGCAUGCGGGGACGCACGCCCAGGCUGGGGCAGCCCCGGCCUAUACGCAGACGCAGACGCCGACCAACCUGGGGCUGGGUGGGAAUGUGAAUGCGAAUGCGAAUGUCGACAGCCCUAUCAGCAACGCCGGUGGGACGAAGCUUGUUUGA